AUGUCGCUACUCCCCAGGUACACCCCCUCACCCCUCACCCGACCUUCACCCCAGGAACACACCCUAACCCCUUUCCUCGACCUACACCCCAGGUACAUCCCCUCCCUCCCUCCCCCGAGUCCCCAGGUACACACCCUUAUCCCCUCCCCCGACCUACACCCCAGGUACAUCCCCUCCCCCCCUCCCCCGAGGUACUCCCUACAGUCACCAGGAACACACACCCUUACCCCCUCCCCCGACCUACUCCCCACACUCCCCAAGCACACACCCUUACCCCCUCCCCCGACCUACACCCCAGUCCCCAGGUACACACCGUUACCCCUCCCCGACCUACACCCCAUGUACACCCCUCCCUGCCUCCCCGAGGUACUCCCCACAGUCCCCAGGAAUACACCUUACCCCUCCCCGACCUACUCCCCACAGUCCCCAGUCCCCAGGUACACCCCCUCACCCCCUGCCCGAUCUACUCCCCACAGUCCCCAGGUACACACCCUUACCCCCUCCCCCGACCUACACUCCAGGUAUACCCCCUCCCCCCCUCCCCCGACCUACACCUCAGGUACACCCCCUCCCCCCCUCACCCGCUCCCCCGACCUACAUCCCAGGUACACCCCCUCACCCCCUCCCCCGACCUACACCCCAGCUACUCCCCAGGUACACCUGCUCACCCCUCCCCGACCUUCACCCCAGGAACACCCCCUCACCCCCUCCCCCGAGCUACUCCCUAGGUACACCCUCCCCUCCCCCGACCUACACCCCAGGUACACCCCUCCCCCUCCCCUGAGCUACUCCCCACAGUCCCCAGGAACACCCCUCACCCCUCCCCUGAGCUACUCCCUAGUCCCCAGGUACACCCCAUCACCCUCUCCCCUGACCUACACCCCAGGUACACCCUCCCCGACCUACACCCCAGGUACACCACCUCCCCCUCCCCUGACCUACACCCCAGGUGCACCCCUCACCACCUCACCUGACCUACUCCCCACAGUCCCUAGUCCCCAGGUAUACAUCCUUACCCUCUCCCCCAACCUACACCCCAGGUACACCCCCUCCCCCGAGCUACUCCCCAGGUACACGCCCUCGGCCCCUCCCCCGACCUACACCCCAAGUACACGCCCUCACCCCCUCACCCGACCUACACCCCAGGUACACCCCCUCACCCCCUCACCCGAGCUAUACCCCAGGUACACCCCCUCACCCGAGCUACACCCCAGGUACACCCCCUCACCCCAUCCCCUGACCUACACGCCAGCUACACCCCAGGUACACCCUCUCCCCUCCCCUGAGCUACACAACAGGUACACCCCUCACCCCUCACCCAACCUACACAACAGAUACACCCCUCACCCCUCCCCGACCUACACAACAGGUACACCCCUCACCCCCCUGACCCACACAACAGGUACACCCCUCAACCCAUCUCCUGACCGACACAACAGGUACACCCCCUCAACCCAUCCCCCGACCUACACAACAGGUACCUCCUCACCCUCCCCCGACCGACACAACGGUACCCCCAACUCCCCACCGACACAACAGGUACACCCCCUCAACCCAUCCCCGACCUACACAACAGCUACACACCAGGUACACCCCCUCACCCCAUCACCCAACCUACACAACAGGUACACCCCCUCAACCCAUCCCCCGACCUACACAACAGGUACACCCCCUCACCCUAUCCCCAGGCCUAUACACAACAGGCACACCCCCUCACCUCAUUCAUUCCCCGACCAGCACGCCAGGUACACCUCCUCACCCCAUCCCCCGACCUACACGCCAGGGUCAGGGGCAUAG